ACAUAACUAGUUACUCCAAAAUGGAUUCAAGAAGAACGCAGUAAUAAUCCGUGAAUAGCAAACUUUUACACACCACCUUUCCCCACUCCCAUAAGCUAAACAGAUUCAGAGACAGUAUCCAAUUGUGGCAAAGGAACAUCGAUGUUAUCAGUAACAGUCAAGCUGAACCUUCACCCUUUCUCAAGUUCUUUUACGGCGGCUGGCUUGAAACAUACGACCCGUUUGGUGGCGAAGAGUACCGAAAGCAGAUGGUGGUCGACGACAAGGCUGUUGUGAUAGAAAUGCUAGAAUACUGCUACGGAGUAUAACCAACAGGUGCACCUAUUAUUCGAGGACACCCACACCCUCAUCCUCACAUUGGAUGUCACGGAGAGGGAGGAGCUUGAUUUAACCCAGCAAACCCAUGCUGCAUUUCUCAGAUCUACGCCACAGAGCUGCGUGUUCCCUGGCUGGCCAAUUUACAAAGCGUCAUCAGAAGAUAAAGCGACCCAAGCGGCGAAUUUGGAGACACCACAAACAUUUAUGUGCUUCCCACGCCUGCCGGAAUUGCAAAUCUCCGUCCUGCGCGAAGCUCUCACAUGUCCUUGAUCCUGUUCCGCUUACCAUGGCACAUGUCGCUGGGAUUAACUUGGACAUUUUGAAAGUGUGUAGACUCUUUUAUGAAGAAGGAUCCAAAAUAUUCUGGAAUGAAAACACGUUCCUGCCGCCGAAACCUUUGACUUUAGUGGCUGAAUUGGGAUGGGUCACCCCAAGUAAACCACGGGUGGUCUCCACAGAGGAAGGCCAAAUAUGUCGUCGAGUUGUCGUCCAGGUAUAACCAACCCGUUGUGGAUGUAGUGACAAAUCUUGUUCGUGAGCGCAGAGUAGCGGUCGUAGCAUCCGAUGAAUUUGAUAGCACAUCUGAAGCGCAAAGUCUCACUAGCCGAGUCCCAAGCCGCCAGGCAGGGCCAUUGCAGCAGAGGUCCAAUCGCAGGAACUUGAAUGAGGGUUUUCGCUCGUUGGUGAAAUCUUUUCAACGGCGGGCGUCGCGGAUUUUUGUUACAAAAUAAGCCUAGUACGGGGAUGUUUUGAGUUUUGAUAAAGAGACAGGAUAUGCAAACUAAACGGGCCACUUCCGCUGUGGAUGCGCGGUGAAUUGCGUUUUAAUAACCAGGAACUUCCCUGGCACAAUUGGUUCAAGAGUUUCGCGUUCAUGUCUUUCCUUGAAAAUGUCAGGUAGCUCUUGAAAAUACCCCUGGUGAACAUUGUAUUUAUUGUAUUUCACUGUCGUUGUAUACCCACCAGGCAUUCCUCGCUUAUCUUUCCUUGCCGCCCAUCUCGCUGGGAAUUUCUCUUCAUAUAGUCCCAUAUCCCAUAUACAAUUAUGCCUCUUCGUCUAAGCUGCCCAACACCUGCUGGAAACUCACAAACCACAUGGAAUCAUAUUUUCCACGCAUGGAGAAUGUAUCUCAAUAAUUUGUUCUCUCCCAUCGUAGCCUCCAGCUCAGUCAAGGUUUCCAACAUAGCGUCAUAUAACUGUAAAGCAACAUGCUUCGUGAAAUCUAAGCUCCCCGCAGCCUUCAUCUCGGAAAGUAUAUACGAUUUUAACUCGUCCGAAAGCUCGAUACCCGGCUCGCGAUGGAACAUUAACCCCUUAAUUCGGUCCUUCGCGACACUAUUCUGAAGCGUGUGUAUUAGAAUUAUCGAUAGCUUCCCCUCUGAAAGGUCGUCACAGAAACCCUUCAUGGCCAUGUACUGCAGGUGGAAGUGGGCAAAUCAAGUAAUAAUUAGCAUUUGAUUGUCUUGGGUGGGGGGUUGAAGAAUAAUGAUCGAAGGAAUGGGGACUUGAAUGAGGGUAAAAGAACAGAACUUACCUCGCUAGACUCCAAAUUCUGAUAAUCAUUCCAUAUCUGAUAGUAUCUUCCCAGUAGAUUAAUGAAAUGUGACAGCUUGGUGUCCGGGGCUGCUGGAUUCCCCGACUCUGCAGACAUUAACCUCAUCAC